AUGACGAUGCUAAAUGAAAGGAGGAUGUUGAAGGUUAAGAAGAUAGGGAAGCUAGACUUAUGUGAGCACCACAUCUUUGGGAAGCAGCAUCGGAUUAAUUUUACUACAACUAUUCAUUCGGCUAAGCAACUAGUUGAGUAUAUUCAUUCAAACAUCUGGAGCCCGUCUCCGGCUCCUUCGAAAGGAGGUGCUCAAUAUGUGCUGAUAUUUAUUGACAACUAUUCAAAGAAGGACGACGGCUCGUUCGGUGCCGACGGCCAGAUUUGGAAGAGCCGGCCCAGGCAAUGUUUGAACGCGUUGCCAAUGGCCACAGAAGACGGCCAAAUCAUCUGUAGUUUUUGGUGCGGCCACGUUCUUCUCCCUCGGUUUCUCACCCUUCCAUUUUCGUCCUCCCUCCUUCCCUCUCUCUCUCUCUCUCCCUCUGCAAAAUCCACACCGACCCAUUUCCUCUCGGCCCGGAAGAGUCCACCGGCAUCGGCAGAAACCGGUCAAUGCGUUGACUCGAUGUUCCCCAUAAGCCCUAGCUCCGCCUUCGUCCUCCCCAAGCCCUCCGUCCUCGCCGCGCCGCGGCCCUCCCUCGCCUGCCGCGCCGCCGGCGCCGUCCCCGCCGGCGGCCCGGCGUUCCCGCGGUGGCUCCAGUUCCCGGUGGCGUCCGCGUCCGCGUCCGCCGCGGACGCUGCGAGGGCCGGGCCGGGCUUCGACGGCGGCGCGGCGGCGGAUGCCCCGGCGGCGAGGCGCGACGGCGGCGUCGGCGGCAUUGGCGGGGUGAAGGCGAACGCGAGGGAGAGGAAGUGGUCGCGGGACAGGGAGAGCUACUUGACGGACGACGGCGACGCUCUCCCGCUCCCCAUGACGUACCCGAAUUCGUCGCCCGUGGCCCCCGAGGAAAUUGACAAGCGACUUCGCUGCGAUCCUGUUGUUGAGGAUUGCAAGGAAGUGGUUUAUGAGUGGACUGGAAAAUGUCGAAGUUGCCAAGGUACAGGAUUUGUCAGCUACUACAACAAAAGAGGGAGGGAAACUAUCUGCAAAUGCGUACCCUGCCUUGGAAUUGGGUAUGUGCAGAAGAUAACAGCUCGCAAGGAUAUUGAAGUAAUGGAAGAUUUGGACAACGGAAAGCCGCCUUGACCAACACCUAUGCAUAUUAGCAUCUCCAGGAUUCUUUGCUCCCAUCUUCUUCCAUUUUUCCCCAAACCGAGCGAUUUUCCCCCUACACAUUCGUGCUAUCAUUUUUCCUGUAGAUUAGAAGACGGAUUCUUGUAAUACAAUAAUCUCAAGGUCCAAUAUGGAGAGAACGUAGGCAACAUCUCUAGAAUAGAGUUGAUUGCAUAACCCGAAAGAGGAAACUGCCCAGCCAUUGAAAGGCAUAUAUUCUUUUCUUUCUCUUACGUAGUUCUCUUCCCCUUGCGACCACAGCUUUUGUC